CUGCGGUCGGUCGUCUGAUGGUUUGUAAUGUUAAAAAAAUACAUUUAACAUUUUAGACAAAACCAUAUUUUAACAGAUGAUUAUUGUUUUGACCUCAACACAGUUAUUUGGACCAUCUAGAAUUCUAGAUUGAGCACAAGCUCAGCAAGAUGACAAUAGUAAUGCGUGGAAGUCCGGCAGCUGGCGAUUCUCCACAGGAAACGAGCCAGCAACAACAUGGACAGCAGCAACAGCCGCCACCACCACAGACACAGCCACCGACUACCCAGGUGCCUCUAGUGACCACACAGCCAGGGGUCACGCAGCCGGCGGCCCAGCCACAGUUGGCUGCCCAGCCACAGCCGGCCCAGCAGCCUGGCGUGAGUCCACCCAGCCAGGUACCGAAUGGAAGCCAGCCAGAUGAGGGAGGACAGGGGGACGGUGUUGUCCAGCUCGCAGAUGAUCAGGAACCCGAGUUCCCGCACGUGGAGCUGGCCAAGCUUGACGAAAUGAUCAACAGACCGAGAUGGGUCGUACCAGUCCUUCCUAAAGGGGAGCUGGAAGUGCUGUUAGAGGCAUCCGUUAAACUCUGCAAAGAAGGUUUAGAUAUACGUAGUGAAGCUUGCCAGAGAUUCUUCAGAGAGGGACUGACACUUUCAUUCACAAAAAUUCUAACAGAUGAUGCUGUCAGUGGAUGGAAAUAUGAAAUUCAUAGGAGCAUAUUAAAGAACUCUGAGAAGCUGAUUGAGCUGUGUGUGUACAAACUGCCUCAAGACUGGUUUCCAAUUCUCGAUCUUCUCGCGAUGGUGCUCAAUCCUCAGUGCAAGUUUCAUACAUACAAUGGGACACGGCAGUCUGAAACUGUCCCUGCAGGAACUCAGAUAUCAGAUGAAACCAUCUUUGCACGGCCUCCAGAUCCUCGUACACCGCGAGGAUGGCUGGUGGAUCUAGUGAACAAGUUUGGGUCUCUAGACGGUUUUCAGAUUCUGCACGACAGGUUUCUGAAAGGACCAGCUCUUUCUGUACCAGUUAUCUGUGCAUUAAUCAAACCAUUUGGACAGUGUGCUGAAGUUCUGACUGCUCAUACGGUGCAGAAAUUCUUUAUGCCAGUUGUGGAAAUAAUUCCAAAGUUUUUGGAUAAUUUGACUGAUGACGAACUCAAAAAGGAAUCAAAGACUGAAGCGAAGAACGAUGCAUUGUCCUCUAUCAUCAAAGCUCUCAAACAGCUGGUAUACAGAUUGCCAAACCAAGAGGAGACAAUCAAAAGUCUGGAGAUAUUUAGACUAAAAAUGAUUCUGAGGCUGCUUCAGAUAUCUUCGUUUAAUGGGAAAAUGAAUGCUCUGAAUGAAGUGAACAAAGUGAUAACCAACGUGUCAUUCCAUUCAACCCGGCACAAUCAAAUAGAUGAAGAUGAAUGGCUGACGGCAGACAAAAUGGCGGAGUGGAUCCAGCAGAACGGAGUUCUUGGAAUUGUGCUGCGAGAUAGUCUUCAUCAACCGCAGUACGUAGAGAAACUGGAGAAGAUUCUCAGAUUUAUGAUCAAAGAAAAAGCGCUAACAAUGGAGGACCUAGAUUUGUUGUGGGAAGCACAGUCGGGCAAACAUGAUGCUAUUGUGAAAAAUGUGCAUGACCUUCUAGCAAAGUUGGCUUGGGAUUUUACACCAGAACAAUUGGAUCAUCUCUUUGACUGUUUUCAAGGAAGUUGGCAUCAUGCUACAAAAAAGCAACGUGAAAAAUUGCUAGAACUGAUUCGUCGACUUGCUGAAGAUGAUAAGGAAGGAGUUAUGGCUCAUAAGGUCCUGACGCUCUUGUGGAAUCUUGCUCACAGUGAAGAUGUUCCAACAGAAAUCAUGGACCAAGCAUUAACCGCGCACAUCAAAAUUCUCGAUUACAGUUGCUCACAGGAUCGUGAUGCUCAAAAGAUACAGUGGAUCAAUAGAUUCGUGGAGGAGUUGAAAAACGACAAAUGGGUUCUGCCAUCGUUGAAACAAAUCCGGGAAAUCUGUGUCCUUUUCUCUGAGGCACCUCAGAGUUUUCCCCACUCACAGAGGGCCCCAAACAUGUUCUACCGAAAUAACGUGAUCGGUGAUUUACAGAGCCAGCACUCUAUAGUGAUGUUGGUCUCUCAGAAUCUUGCAGCCUACAUAACUAAGGCCAGAAUUUAUGCAAAAGAACAUCCGGAUGAGGAGCCGUCGCAGAUAAUGCCUGAUGGUCGUUUCAGUCACAUUAUGCAAGUCCAAGAAAGGCUAAGAUUUUUAAGAUUUCUUCUUAAAGAUGGACAGUUAUGGCUGUGUGAACCACAAGCAAGACAGAUCUGGCAUUGUCUUGCAGAAACCGCUAUUUACAUCACCGACAGAGAAGCAUGCUUCAAAUGGUUUGCAAAGCUUAUGGGAGAAGAACCAGACCUUGAUCCAGAUAUAACUAGAGACUUCUUUGAAAGGAAUAUUUUACAACUUGAUCCAUCUUUACUUACAGAAAAUGGCAUGAACUGUUUUGAAAGAUUUUUUAAACAAGUCAACUUAAAGGAAAAUAAAUUAAUAACGAAGCGUCGUGGAGGUCACAUGAUGGAUGAUCUAGAACUUAUUGGUCUUGACUACAUGUGGAGAGUGGUUUUAUGGAGUCCAGAUGAAGUGGCAGAAAAAGCUAUUACUUUAUUGAAAGACAUUUUUACCAACCUUGGUCCGCGGUUGCAGCAGAAUCAGGUGGAAAUUCACGAGGACUUUAUACAGUCGUGUGUAGAUAGACUUAAGGCUCCUUUCGACACUGUUUCUGUGUUGGAGAAGGACCGCGAUAGCAAUAAUCGAGUGAUGCAGGAAUCAAUUCGCAUGGUUCGGGUGUUGACAGUGCUACGGGAAUAUAUAGCCGAGUGUGAUGAGGCGUAUGGGGAAGAAAGAACAAUUCUACCACUGAGCAGAGCAUGUCGAGGGAAACUUGUUAGUCUGAAAGUGAGAUUUCCAAACCAAGGUAGACAGGUAGAAGAUCUGGAAGUGUGGUCGCACACUAACGACACAGUCGGUGCUCUACGACGUCAGAUUUUACAGAGAGUGAAAGCGAACGCAAACAAUAUCAAAGUGGACUUGUAUGUGAACGGAGAGCAAAUAGACUCUAGUGAAGAUAAAAAACUUAUUUCACAAAUCCCACUCCGAGACAAGAUGACGAUUACAGCGAAGCUUGUUCAGGUUGGUAGUAACAUGCCGUCAAGUCCAGACAGUAGUUCUGACAGUUCAGCUGGCUCUCCUCACCACACAGAGGAUGGACCCAACGUUGAGGCAGAACACUCUUUACCAGGAGUGUUGAUGUCUCAGUCUGCACAGUAUGCCCAGUUCCUCUUUCAGUUGUCGGAUCUUGGUUGUCAACUUCAGGUGCCAAAGUUAAGAGACACGGCACGAGCAGUACUAAAGCUGAUGCCCAUGGAUGUACAUACGAUACAGAAGUUUCGGAAGAUUUGUUUGGAAAAUGCUAAAACAGAUGGAGUGUCCCAAAGUCUGGAAGCCAUGUUCUUUAAUGCAUCAGCCACACAAGUAGUGUAUAAUAUUGAGGUCGCGUAUUGUUUACUGAUGCCAGCUUCAGAUCCAUUGUCUGAGGAAGCUUUUGAAUUUCAGUUUAACUAUGUCCGGAGUGGUGGGGUCCAGCUAUCAUUGAACAUGCUCACAAAGAACAACUUUUUACCAAGUGCGGAUUUGCCCACCAGAAGGACGGCGUACCUGACGGUGUUGAAAGUGUGCAAGUUGAUGCUGACGACAGUGGGCCAUGCGAAGGUGCAGGUUGUGGUGGACGCGUGCCACUCUGAGUCGCAGGUGGCGCCCGUCUCGGUGCUGGAACACAACCAGGCGGCCGCGCUCCAGCAGGCUCUCAUCUAUAUCCCCAGCCCAGACUCUGAGUUCACCACACGCAGUGUCGCCAUGAGGCUCGGGCAGCACCUCGGGGAACAGGCCACAGGGGUACUUCCUGAUUUGUCAACAGUGAAAGCAAUACAAAAGAUUGCCUGGGCUGCAAGCAGCUGCUCUCUACAUCUAGUGCAUGCAUCAAACGAAGAGAUCCACAAAGCUCACGAAAAGCCGAAGGAAGGCAUUCACACGGACAUGGAGGACAUCAACGUGGCGCGGGAGGCCAUGGAGGUCCUCACGGUGUGCCUGGCUCUGUUCCCCUCCGCGCUCGACGUGUUGCACAAGGACAAGGCCUGGCAGUGCUUCAUCAUAGAUCUGCUGCUGCUCUGUAAAAGCAGUCGGAAUAUACGGAUAUGUGCGUCUGACCAGUUUGUGUUGAUGGCGACCCGGUGCAGCACUAGUCCUCGACCUUUGGUUUUCUUCAUCACUCUUCUCUUCACUGUCCUUUCUUCUACAGCCAAAGAAAACGCCAAGCAAUCACAUGACUAUUUUCAACUUCUAUGUAGAUUACUGGGUUUCGCCUUUGCAAAUGAGACUAGUCUUUCAACAGCAGAUGCUCUGCUCAACAAUGAAAUCACAUGGUUGAAAAAAGUGAGGGAUCAUGUGAUAACCUCUGGUGAAACGGGGACAGAGGAUGCACUGUUGGAGGGUCAUCUGGGCAUCACACGUGAACUUCUGUCAUUCCAGAGUCCAGAGAAAAAGUAUAAUAUUGGCUCAGAGAAAGGAGGAGCAAAUCUCAUCAAAGAACUGGUAGAAGAUUUUAUAUUUCCUGCAUCAAAGAUAGUGCUGCAGUGUCGGAAGCAAAAUGGUGAUUUUCCUGCUGAGCAGGCGUUUCCCGUCUGUUCGACGUCCAUGACUGUGAUAGCAGCCUUCGAUCUCUUGGUGGCGCUUUGCACUGGCUGCGUGCAGAAUCUUCAUUUCCUAGCAAACAUGCUGAUCGACAUGUAUUACACAAAUGAAACCCCUCUGACAGAGUGGGAGUAUGUUCCUCCGGUUGGACCGAGGCCCAACAAAGGUUUUGUCGGUUUGAAGAAUGCGGGAGCCACGUGUUACAUGAAUUCUGUUAUACAGCAGUUGUUCAUGAUAGAACCGAUCAGGAAUGGUAUUCUAGGUGUGAACGGUGCAGCUGAUGACAUCGAUGAAGAUUUUCUGAACGAUGAUAAAACGGAAAAUGAAACAAACAUUGAUAUCAGUGAGUUUGAGAAGAAGGAUGAGGACAAGUUGAACAAGACAGAGGAGAGGAAGGACUACAACAUGGGCGUUCUCAAGCAGAUCCAGGUGAUCUUCGGACACCUCGCCGCCAGCAAACUGCAGUACCAUGUGCCCAGGGGAUUCUGGAAACACUUCAAGUUAUGGGGCGAACCCGUGAAUCUCCGAGAACAGCAUGAUGCACUGGAGUUCUUUAACAGUCUGGUCGACAGUCUCGAUGAGGCUUUGAAGUCGCUCAGUCAGCCGUGUGUGUUGUCGAAAGUUCUCGGAGGCUCGUUCGCAGAUCAGAAAAUAUGCAAAGACUGUCCGCACAGAUAUCAGAGGGAAGAAGCGUUUACCACACUGAAUGUUGAUAUCCGGAACCACCAGAACCUGUUCGAAUCACUGGAGCAGUAUGUGAAAGGAGACUUGUUGGAAGGAGCCAAUGCAUAUCACUGUGAAAAAUGUAACAAAAAGGUUGACACUGUAAAAAGGUUACUGAUAAAAAAAUUACCAAAGAUUCUGGCUAUCCAAUUGAAAAGAUUUGAUUAUGACUGGGAAAGGGAAUGUGCAAUCAAAUUUAAUGACUAUUUUGAAUUUCCACGGAAAUUUGACAUGGAACCAUACACCGUUCAAGGUGUAGCCAAAGUUGAAGGGGAAGUGAUAGACGACGAGGAGGAAAAGCCGCAGAGUACGAAGUACAGAUUGAUUGGAGUUGUUGUCCACAGUGGUCAGGCCAGCGGAGGACAUUACUACUCGUACAUCUACUACAAAGGGACAUCGGAUCCACAUCCCAAGUGGUACAAGUUUGAUGAUGGUGAUGUGUCUGAAUGCAAGAUGGAUGAUGAUGAGGAAAUGAAAAACCAGUGCUUUGGAGGUGAAUAUCUGGGAGAGGUUUAUGACCACAUGUUGAAAAGGUCUGCAGUAAGACGACAGAAAAGAUGGUGGAAUGCAUAUAUUCUGGUUUAUGAAAGAAUAGAUGAAAUGAAAGAUGAAAUUGACAGUGUGAUAAAAGAAAUGCAGAAAAUAUCUAUAUCCAGCACGGUGCCACAUGUGGCAAUGCCACUGACAAUAGACCGGUUGGUGAGAAAGCAGAAUAUCUUGUUUAUGCACGAGAAGAACCAAUACUGCAUCGAGUAUUUCCAGUUCAUGAAGAAACUCAUCACGUGUAAUCACGUCAUCCUCACUCACGCAAUGCAGGAGAAACUGACCAAUGAAGCAGAACAGAUUGCAAUGAUUAGCAUGGAACUGGCAUCAAAAUUCCUAUUUACAGUGGGCUUUCACACGAAGAAAACACUCCGGGGCUCGGCAAGUGACUGGUACGAUGCUCUGCACAUUCAUCUGAGGUUUAGUAAAACAGUCAGAAGCUGGUUUGCACAUAAUGUUCUCUUUGCUCAACCUGCACGAUUUGCAGAAUAUCUUCUGGAAUGUCCAAGCUCAGAGGUGCGAAAUGCUUUUGCCAAGAUAAUUGUGAUCCUGUCACAUUUCUCUCUCCAAGAUGGACCCUGUCCCCCACCACUUGUACAAGGUCUGUACGCCGCUGGUCAGGCUGCGGACCCGAACGCAACACUGAGUGAUCACCUCCUGGUAGCAGUGCUGGCGCUGCUCAGAAAAGAGGUGUCCGAACAUGGCCGCCAUCUCCAGCAGUACUUUCACCUGUUCCUCAUGUAUCUCAACCUGGGCAUCGUCGAGAAACAACAGCUGCUGAGGCUGAACGUGCCAGCACAGUUCAUCAGCGUGGCCCUUGACGAAGGGCCUGGGCCUCCCAUCAAGUACCAGUAUGCGGAGCUCAGUAAGCUGUACUCUGUAGUGUCGCACCUUGUCCGCUGCUGUGACGUGUCGGCAAGAUACCAGUGCUCGGUUGCUGGCCAGCAGUGUCUGCCCAAUCCUCACGGAGAUCCCCAGUGUCCUCAGCCGUUGAUAGAGAUUCAGAGACAGGUGGAUGACAUGCUGUUCAACAGGUCGAACUACGUGAAGAAGAUCAUCGAGGAAUGCAACAACUCGGAAGAUACGACAAAAUUGUUGAAAUUUAGCUGUUGGGAAAAUCCACAUUUUUCAUCAGUAGUUUUAGGAGAACUUUUGUGGCAGGUUGCGUAUUCUUACACAUAUGAACUAAGACCAUACCUAGAUCUGCUUUUGCAAAUGCUGCUGUUAGAAGACUCCUGGCAAAACCACAGAAUACACAAUGCACUUAAAGGAAUUCCAGACGAUCGUGACGGGUUAUUUGACACGAUACAGAGAUCGAAGAACCAUUACCAGAAGAGGGCGUACCAGUGCAUCAAGAUGAUGGUGGCACUCUUCACGCAUUGCCCGCAAGCAGCUCAGAUGUUACAAACCAAUGGAGAUCUGAAAAGGAAGUGGACUGGAGCGGUAGAUUGGCUCACCGACGAACUAGAAAGAAGACCGUAUCCUGGCAAUACACAGUAUUCCUACAACAACUGGUCCCCUCCGGCGCAGUCCAAUGAAACAUCAAAUGGCUACUUCUUGGAGAGGUCACAAAGUGCCAGACUGACGUUGGAGAAGGCGUACGAACUCUGUCCAGGCGAGGAACCGGAAGAAGGCGAUUUAACUGAUGAACAGGAGGGUAACCAUGACGACCCAGUCCCGGGCUACUCCCACCAGCCGGUGGUGGGGCAGUCGGCACCGGUCACCGCACCACAGCCUCUUCCCAACAACCAGGUCCAGGUGCAGCCCGUCGCCCACCCCGUGCAGCCUAGCAACCAGAUCAGCAACCAGCUUAACCAACAGCAACAGGGUCAGCAGGCGCCCACGGUAACAACGGCCGCACCAGCGGGGAACCAGGAGACGGGGGAGGACGAUCAUGGGGGGAGUGUGCCGCGGAGCGGAGACUGAACACAUCGAGACAGAUGAACAGUGGCCAUAAAAAAAUGAUUGUGAAUUCAUGAGGCAGAGAGAAUUUUUAAAAACAACAACCUGAUAGCGAAUCUCUCCAUUAAUAGUGUAUAUGAAGACUAUUUCAGUAAUAAUAAUACUUCACUUAGCCAGGGAAAAGGCUGUUACUUCAAUAGCAGUGGAUGCAGUAAGGAAAGAUGGAGGAUUCCUGUCUUAUCAAUAGUUUCUGCCUUGCCCCAACGUUUUGUGAUUGAUUGAUGUCCUAUUGGUCGGCAAGACGGGAUUGCACAAAUUGUGAUAAUAAGUAUAUAUAAAAAAAAGCUAUAGGCGUAUAUAUUCCAAUCCAUUGUAAAUGUAUUCUAUUUAUUGGACAAGUCACUGGAGACGGAGGAGUUAAUACAGUAACAUUUGUAUUCAACUCUGUAAUGAUCCACGACUGUCUAGUAAUGAUCCACGACUGUCUAGUAAUGAUCCACGACCGUCUAGUAAUGAUCCACGACUGUCUAGUAAUGAUCCACGACUGUCUACCUGUUGGGUUGUCUGAAUAUUACAAGGAUAUUACUGAGGUACUGGAUUUCAUAGACUUUUUUUUUGUGUUUUUUUUCCCUACCCCCCCCCCCCCCUCCCCCCCCCCCCCCCCUUCCCAGGAGAGUUGUUUUCAAUUCAGAAUAAAAGAGAACAACAUGUGGUGGUGAAAAAAACCAAAUGAAAAUCCAGAUGGUUACCCCCAUCGGGUUGUGUCUUUGUGCUGUUUGACAGAUGUACGAACAUGCUGUGUUGUUGAGAGAACAGUAUUUAUUUCUCGGUUAGGUCCCAGCAUUUACAUAUUACAGAAAACUUUUGUCUUUCCUGUAUCUAAAGACGGUUAUAUAUCAACCAAGUCCUCAAAUGCAUGUAUUGUGUUCCUGUACAUGUUAAAAAUGAAAACGAAAGUGGAUGAAACAAAUCGGUUGCCAUUGACUAAUGUAAGUGAACAUUUACCCAAGGAUAAUUAUUUUAAAUUGAGGACUUUGUCUCAAUAAUAGAACAAUGAUCUUAUCCUUUGUGCAAGUCUUUUUCAUUUGUCACUGGUGAUGCGCAGUUAUUAACAGUAGUAGAAAAUAUUAGCGAUUAUUUUGGUUAAUGUUGUAGUAAUAAAUAUGUUAAUUUGACAAGUUGUUUUUGUCUCGCUUUUAGUGAUAAUAAAAUAAUGGUUUCAAAAACAAUUUACUAACCACAUGGCCAUACUGUCGACUUGAUAUUCCUUACUCAUUUACUGACAAUAUUGAUCAAUGUAAUAUAUGGUAUUUUUACAAAAAUUAUAAUUAUUACAGGCUUUUUGGCAUCUAGUCUACCAGAUAUUAUUAUUUCUUGUAGAUAAACGUAACUGAACAGGACAGGGUCAUCUUGUAUGCUAAGUAACAUAGAAGUGACAUUCAUUUGCCAUGUUCAAAAGGCCAAGUGCUCUUUGAACAAUUUGACUGGUACCAUGGUCUAUCAUAAUACAUUUCUUUCAUGUUUAACACAAAAACCAGUCUAGCUAGUAGGGACUACGAUCACUCGCCAACUGAACACGUGUUGGCUAAUGCCUCCUGUGGACCUGUCAGCUUGAAUUUGUAUAUCUGUUGGGGAAAUUUUCUUCUUGCAAGUCACACUGUUUUUGUAAUAUACGUGGGUAUGUUGUCGCAUGUUCUGUUAAUUACCAGUUAAUAAACGUUCAAGCAUCAACCAAUUUUUACUUGAAAUUUACUCGCUACGACAGAUUCAUGAUUGAUAAUAAUUAUACAAUUGUUUGUUCAGGAGGACAAACACUUUUGAACAAUUUGACUGGUUUUCGUCCUAUACUAUCCUAUCACAUUGAUAAAAAGUUAGGUGCAGAAACCAGUCUAGUGGGCAACCAGUCCUUCGAACAUGCUUCUGGCUAUUAACAUUUGGGACACAGUAAUUUUACCAAUUGAUAAUAAGCAGUCAUGUUUGUGUGCUUAUUUGUUAAGCUGUGAUUUGGUGUUAUUUUUAUGACGGUGUAUUAAAAAGUCUGCAACA